GCGACAAACAUGUACAACUUGGAAGUCAGUCCCGGUGAAUACAAGACCUUCGAUUAGAGUGAAACAAGCUGUUGGUAACAUGGGGAAUAACUCUGGAAAAGAAAGACAUGGGUCUUCAUCAGGCACUGCUGCGGAAAUGUAUGAAACACCUCCCGCCUCGCCGUAUAGUGUUGUUACUACCUGCUCACCAACCACACAAUUGGUGUCCAUUUCCAACUGUACAAGCACAGCCACCCCUGAAUCAGCUCAAGACGCUCUGAGCUCCACCAAUCAGAAUGAUGAGCCAUUGUUGGACUGCAGGACAGGGCCUGCAAAGGAGGCUGAGGAGGGACUUAAGAUGACAGAAUCACCUGGGCAGGUGUCUUAUCUCUCAGAUGUGUGUAUGAAUGGAGACACAAAAGUGGACGCAAAACUUCUACAGGAGUGUUUGAACACACUGCAGCUUAACAACAUUGAAGAAUCCACGCACAUAUUAAAUGAUUUGUUAAAAUGUUUUCUGGUGGAGAGGGAGAAGAUAAAGGAGGAAUUGAGAAGUUGUAAGGAGAAGAUUAAGGCAGAACGUGAGGAGUGGCAGCAAUUCCAGGCUGACCUGAAGGUGGCGCUAGUGGUUUCAGACAGACUGAGGGCAGAAGCUGAGGAAGAGCUAGGUACUUUAAGAGCAGCAAGGCAGGACCUGGGCACACAGCUAGCCAAUGCCUUGCAGGGUCGCCGGGAGGUCGAAAGUCAGUUGGAGAGCCUCAGAGUUGAGCUGGAGCAGAGCAAGCAGAAACUGAAGCAGGUCACAGGCAGCCACCAGGGGGCGCCAGCAAUGAGGGGCCUAGAGAGACAAGUGGAGGGUUAUGGGAAGAGAACUGGACCCGAAGAUCAACUGUGGACAGAUGAAAUGAAGGGAAAAAGAGAAAUGCGCAUCUCUGGUACUACAGAGAGGUCAAGGAGCCUGUGCCGGCUGCCCUCAGAUUGCCCUGAUGUUGUUGUAAAUGGUACUUAUCAACCUUCCGUUACUAUGACAACAGUAUCUACUUCUAAGAGCAAGACUCAAGCAGUAAGUUUAGACCAACAGAACAACAAGACCAUAAAUAUUGAGAUCACUAAUUUCAGCAGUUGCUGGGUGGAUGGUUUGGCCUUUUGUGCUAUUUACCACAGUUACCUCCCCUCUCAUAUACCAUAUGACAAACUCAGUCCAGAGAAUAAGAAAGAGAAUCUCACUCUUGCAUUCCAGACUGGAGAAGGUUUUGGAAUCUCUGCAUCACUGACGGUGGAGGAGAUGCUAAAAGAAGAAGCACCGGACUGGCACAGAGUUCUGGAAUACGUAGAGAGCCUCUACCGCCACUUUGAGAUGUAAGACUGUGAAUAUAUACACGUCCUGAUCAUUUAUACCGUGAUCACGAAUGCUUUCAAAAUUCCACCACAGCAACAGUAUAUUCUCAGAGGGGAGCACACAACUUCAAGCAACCUUAAAGUAGACCUGAAAGUUCAUCUUUAGCUGUUGGUCUGCGAUCAGAUUUUUUAAAGUAACUAAGAGGUUUGUAUUAGAAAAGGUUUUGCUGGUUAGCAUGGCCUGCUAACACUGCCACAUAUUCUGAUUUCUUGCAAGCAACAAAUUAAUUGCUUGUUUCAUUAUAUUAUAUUGAAGAGCUGUCAAAUGGACUUAAGGGCUUGUGACUAUGUGCUCUCUUGAUGUGCCAUUGACCAAUCAGCAUUUACAGCUGAGGUGAUUAGCUCAAAAUUGUUUGUGCCAAGAACUGAGAGCCCGAAAAGGAAGCAAGCAGGUUGCUUACUUCUGGGGAUCCUGCACUAAUUUUGCAUUCACACCACUGAGAUGAGCUGGAAUGCUAUUGAAUAGCUUGUCCUAGUAUUAUAGAUCUCCUGAGAAAGGCUGGAGUGUCCGUGUAAAGUAGGGUUUUGAGUUGGAUGAGGAGUGUCCAUCAAAAUGACUGUUUUGUUUGUUAUUGCUGCUUUCUGCCCUCUGUUGGUUUUCAUUUGGUAUUGCAGUUUCAAUUUGUUGUUUGUCAUUUUGCUCUUUUUUAUUCAGAUUCUCAUACAGUAAGACCUGGACUACAGUAUAAAUCUCAAAUCACAGAAAUCAUUACUCUUGUAUGUGUGCCAUGUUUUUUCGCUGUGAUCUGAUUAAGGAACCGAGCUGAUUCAUUCAGCAGCUGUAAUAUCAUCCUGUUUUGUUAUCUUUGAGCCCCAAAACCAUCAUUGAUACUCUGACACCAAAGUACCAUUAGUGUGAUGCAUAUAUUAAAGGAAAAUAAGAUUCCAAAGACAAGCAUUAAUAAAUCAAUGUUUUGUUUUUACUGUUUAGCUCUGUUUUUCUUAAUGCGCAUUCAGACGUGUAGUUUUCCCUGACAAAUCCGUGAGGCUUUGGCAAGCCUGUUUACGUGAGAAUGUGUAGGAAAACUGUUGGACUAAAGGAAAAUAUUCAUGAAUUUGAAAGGGACAUUUAGGCAUCAUAGAUUCAACAGCCUCGAAUGUCAGUGGCUGCGCAAAAUUAUUCUGGCACAAAAAUGUA